AUGAAUAGCUUGGUUGGGCUAGCCCACUUAGCUACAGGGCAGAACAAUGAGCAAAACAAUUUUGACAAUCAAAAUAAGUACGUGGAGGAAGGCGUCGUUGCUGUAUGUCGUAUGCUCCUUAAUAAAGAGAAAGAAAUGAGUCCGUCACGUCGCAGCUCGGCAUAUGCACGCUUGGUGAUUGAGAAAUUGUUUCAAAACAAAUCAAUAGAUUUGUGUGGAAUUAUGCCACCGAAUGGAGGACCGCAAGUGGCCCAACAUCCCUAUCAUGUUGUUCAUGAGGUCAUCCACAGCAGAUCUUCGUUUUUUGAGACCAUCCUAGAGGCUGACGACGGGCUUUCUAAUGAGCUGUGGUUUGCGAUUUGUCAGCAGGCAGACAUGAGCCUUCAGCCAACAACUCAAUCUGCUGAUAGCGUGCUUAUGCAGACCGUAUCAUUUUAUGUAACGCGACUUUUGCCCACGGAGCACAAUGUACCAAGUGUUGGCCGUGCUCCUUUGGUCAGUGAAAUUGGUCAUCGAAAGCAUACUCCACUGGAUCUCUUCCUGCCAACGUCUCCGAGUUCUCUCCACUGUCGCCCACCGUUCUCUUCUCAUCUUUAUACGUUCCUCUAUACUUUUCUUGAACAGUGUCCUACUGCGUUCAUAUUCAAAGAUCUUGUUCAAUGUUGGAUGACGUUUUGCCGUCCUUGGCGAUACGCGGACGCGUUAAUGACCCUUUCUAAUGCGGACUUCUUGAGAGGUCCAUGGAUGCCGUUCAUACGGGUUCAUGAGAAGUUCUAUAGAAUUCUGCUCGGCAAAAUAUUACGAAGAGUAGCAAUGUUCGACCUGACUGCAGAAAGUGUUAAAGUUAUCCGCACCGCUGUGGAAUUCUCGUGGAAGGAGCCAAUGGUAUCGAUGCUUAGGGAGUUGGGCGUCAAUUCUCGACCCCAUACGCGACAGCUUUUAGAGACAGUUGUUGCGAAUUUACGACCAAUGAAAAUCGCGGUCACUUAUACACAACAGGCGCAGAAGCAAUCUCUGUGGGAUAUCAUAUUUGGAGCACCUGAGCCACCAUCCGUUCGCGAGCAAUGCGAAGUCAUCGAGUGCGUAGAGGGAAUACUUUCUGAAGCUGACGCAAACAUGGGUACUCAUUUUAUUGCUGAGGUAACUCCCCCGAAUGCCGAUAAUGCAAGUACUCUAUCGAACCGUACACCUCAACUGUCGGAAACUCCAAAGCGAGCACCUCCUCGGCUACUUCCCGAUCAUGUCAGGGAUCCCGUCACAGGACUUAUGUAUCUUACCGAGCUCGGA